UGUGCUGUUUGGCGAUUCGUCUUCUACCAAUAUAUGUCAGCGCUAAUUCCUGAAAUACCAUUUUCUUGGUAAGAGAAAAAAGACAGCUGUUUUUCUCCCAUUGCUCUGUUUAUUCUUCAAUCGCCGGAAGUUUUUGCCUUUUCUGGGUGGUGAAGGUUUGGGGAUGGCUUUGUGUUCUGUAACAGCUGUAGAAGGGGAAUCAAAAUGGGAAAAAGGCCCUGCAGAUGAUGUGGUAUUUGCAUUUAUUGAGAAAUUUGUUGAUCCAAGGUUGCCCUAUAAGUUCUCCAUUAACGACCCUCCUUCCGAAGAGGCACAUAAAUCUAUUGCAAGACAGAUGCAUGCAGUUGUUUUGCUUUACAACUACUACCACAGGAAACAGAAACUGGAGUUCAAGUUUCUUGAUUUUGUAUCCUUCUGUAUGCUGGCUUUGUCACUGAGGCCAACUAUGAAACCAUUUUUGAGAACAAUAUGUGGAAGUGAAGCAGUGGAUUUAAAUGGUUCUGAUGUUCAUCUCUCACUGACUGAGAGAGCUGUCAAAUGUGCAUGUGAUAUAGCUUUGUCGUUGGAUGCAUCAAAGGAUACUCCAAGCAUAGAAGGAUAUCCGAUAUCAACAGUUGCAGUCUUGUUGAUUGACUCGGAGAAAAAAAAUUGCAUGCUUCAGUUGGAUGCUGUCACUGAAGGCGUGUGGUCACUUGUUGAAAAAGAGAUCGACGUGUUUGGUACAGAUGAAGAUAUAAGAGUAGGUGAGAAGAGGAAAGUGAAGGAUCAGCAGCCACUGUCUGGUCAUGCUAAGUUUCUGCAGAUCGGUUUUGAUGCUGUGAAGGACGUCGCAGGCAUCGAAGUGUCUGACCUUGUUGUGUUGGAGGCUCAUGUUGUGUAUUCGUUAAGCAAGGAGAAGUCAGCUACUCAGUUUUAUAUGAUGGAGUGCAAUCACUCAUUCGACAAAAACAAGAAUUAUGAUCUCGAUUCUCUUGUUGAGAGUUUGCAUGGCCCUUUUGUAGAAAAGUUUCUUGAUUCUUGGAUGACUACCUCACUCGUCGAGUAUCAUCGCUUGCUUCCUUAUGCAGAGUUGAUCUCUAGUUGGCUUCCAAGGAAAGAUUCGUCAGUGCCUAUUCUGAGCGACAUUGUUACUGAGAUCAUCAAGAACAAGGAGGCAGAGAAAACUGCUAAGCCUUGUGUAGAAAACAACGCUCAAGACUUGGAUAACAAAGAUAAACUUGGGUGUGCCACCGAUGUGCCUGAGACCAGACGUGAAAGUGUUGAUAAAGGCAGUGAAAACAACCACAUGAAAGGUCCCUUGUCUGGCCAUUCAAGACGGAAGUCUCAACGUGCAGCUGUAGAUGCUAGUGCCUCGCGAAAGACAAAAACUGCCGCCGACUUUUUCAAUAUUUCCGUUCCAAGUGAGGGAAGAGAGAAGAAGAACACAAGCAUGAGAAGUGAUUAUCAGAAUAACAACACUCCCUCUCCACAGGUUGAUGCAACAGAAACUUCUGCCGACUUUUUCAAAAUUCCCGUUUCAAGUGAGAGAAGAGAGAAGAAGAACAAACGCAUGAGAAGUGAUCAUCAGAAUAAGAACAUUCCCUCUCCACAGCUUGACGCAACAAAUGAUCCUGAAAAUGUUGUCAGCUCGAAGGCGGUGAAAACCACGGAUCCUUUGAAAUCAAAUGAUGGUCGGUUUAAAGAGCCGGGGUCGAUGGGGGAGAAUGGUGGGACGAGCAAGCAAAGCGGUGAUGUUGCUGUAGAAAAGAACAGCAGGAAGGUUCACAGUGAGGCACUGAAUGAUGGUCUGUACAAAGAGGAGAAGUUAAUGGGGGAGACGAGCAGGCAAAGCGGUGCUGUCGUAGUAGAAAACUACAGCAUGGUGGUUCAUAGUGAGGCAUGGAAUGGCGCUGAAGUAAACAAUGUAACGCAUUCAGAAGAUCAUCAGAAUGCAUUGGCACUUCUCGAUUGGAAAAAACAACAACUGUUUUCUCGCCUCUGCGCUAUAGAAGACACACUAGCACUAUUCGAGCAUGUUUCUGAUCGCGUGAGAGAUGGUGGUGAAGCUGGUUUUGCUCGUCAGUGUAUCGAAAAUAUCGUGAAUGGGAAAUAUAACUUGCUGCUGCAGGUUGAAAAUUCCACCAACUCUGAACCUCAAAAGCAAACCAGAGAUCCCAAAAUCUAUCUCCCUGGGAUAUCAUCAUGUCAAGAUUUGGAAUAUGUAUGUGCCAUGAACAAAUGGAGGCUGCCGAGAUUCAUGGUGCAACCUUCCGAUGGUAAGUUCCUGGCAAAUGUGACCGUGUAUUGCAGAGAUAAUGCUACUCUCACUUCAGAGGGCGAUGCGGGGCCCACACCUUGUGAGGCUCGGGAGUCUGCGGCCACCAAAAUGAUCGAAAAAAUACGAGCAGGCCAGUGAUUGAAGCUCUCAAAUUCAUUACUCUCUGAUGAAAAGAUAGUUUUGCUAAGAGUUAACUGACAGAAUUGUGCACAAUUUCAGCACUUACUCAAAGAAAAACAUGUAGGGAUGAAGAUGUUUUUGAUUCUUACCAAGAAAUACUUAAUUUUUGUGUAAAAUACUACUAUGAUUCAAGGGUAUAUUCAUUUUAGU